AUGGAGGAAACAAUCGAGGAGCUUCGACGCCAGCUUGAGGAAGAGAGACAAGCGCGAGAAGACGAGAAACGAGCUCGACAAGAGGCGGAGCGGCGCCAGGAGGAAGAAAGACAGGCGCGAGAAGAAGCAGAAGGGCGAGUGCAACCAAACACAUUGUUUGGCCUUCUUGAUCGCUGCCAUAUCUCUCUGUCUCAAGCGAUCCGAGUUGAGACGGAUGCGACCCUCACGACUCAAGAACAAGUCUGGAGAAAAUUCGACCGCACAGCUGCCUUUACCUCGCGCCCCCUCUUUCCUUCUGAUACCCAAAUAGAUUAUGUCGUCACGAAUAUCCAAAACAAGCCGAUUUAUUCGGAAGCGUCCCUUCGAAAUUUCGAGCGAGACACGGUGGAUAACUUUGUCGAAGCGGUCAUCGAAGCAUUGCGAGAUGAUGAACUCCUUCAACAUGAGUUUGGAAUCGAGGGCCAAGUCACCUUCUAUGACCGCGCGAACCCAUCGGAAACUUCGCUAGAGAACAGCUUGGAGCAAAUGAAUCUUCACAACGUGCGGACGCCCCAACGACUAGUGAAAACCAGGCAUGGGGGAGGCAAAGACAGAGGAAGGGGGAGAGGAGCGGCGCAGAGACAGAAAAGGGUUGGCACUACACGAAGACGCAAUCGCCGCGCAGACCAGUUCUGCGUGCACAUUGUGGCCAACGAGCAACAGAAACCGGUGUAUGCAGUGGAGUUCAAAGCGCCACACAAGGUGACAACCCCUGAAUUAGUGGCCGGUCUACACCAGAUGGAUCUGGCUCGCGAUGUCAUUGAUCAGGAAGGCGACACGUUUGAGUUUUAUGCCACUUGCCUCGUCGCCGCAGUGGUCACCCAGAUAUUCUCAUACAUGAUCGACAGUGGAGUUCAGUACGGCUACAUCUGCACAGGGGAGGCUUUUGUUUUUCUCCAUAUCCCAAAGGAUGAACCCACAGUUGUUCAAUAUUUCUUGUGUAUCCCGAAUCAAGACGUGCAGGCGAACGAUGAGUGGCGCCUCCACCGAACAGCCAUUGGUCAAGUGCUUGCGUUUACCCUUUAA